AUGGGUGUGAAAAGAAAGUAUACUGAGUUAGAUAUAGUUAAAAAAAAAAAAAUUGUGGACUUAUUGGAGCAAAAAGUGAGCCAGCGUAAUAUUGCAAUCCAAUUUGGGAUAUCGAAAACCACUGUAGUUAACAUAGGUCAUAAUAAAGAUCUUAUUUUGAAAAUGUGGAAUAAUAAUUGUAGCGGAGACAGAAAAAGAAAACUACGGAAAACGGAAUUUGAAGGCGUAAAUUUAGGCGUGCUGAAAUUUUUUGAAUUAUGCCGGUCAAAAGAUGUUCCUGUGUCUGGAGUAAUGUUGAAGAAAAAAUCUCUGGAAAUCGCUAAAAUGUUGGGAAUUAAUGAAUUUCGAGCCAGUAAUGGAUGGUUGGAAUCUUUUUUAAAACGAAAUAAUAUAAGUUUUAAAGCUUUAUGUGGUGACGCAGCUUCUGCUGAUUUAGAAGAAGCUAAGGAUUGGAACAGUACAAAAUUACAAGAAUUAAUUGCUGGAUAUGAUCCAAAAAAUAUAUUUAAUGCUGACGAACUGGCAUUAUUUUACCGCCAAAUACCAAAAAAAAGUUUUGUAAAGAAAGGUGACAGGUGCAAAGGUGGAAAAAUGGCUAAAGAAUGCUUGAGCGUACUUCUGUGUUGCAGUUUAACUGGUGAAAAAUUUAAAUCUUUGGUUAUAGGAUCAGCAGCCAGACCUCGUGUGUUUAAAAAAGAAGGAGUACGUCCAAAUAAUCUACCUGUAUUUUGGCGGUAUAAUAAAAAAGCAUGGAUGACCCGAGUGAUAUUUGACGAUUGCCACAACACAACUAAGACCCUAAGCAACGUAACAGUUCAGUUUUUUCCACCAAACUUGACGUCUGAAAUUCAGCCUUUAGAUCAAGGCAUUAUAAAGACAGUCAAAGAUCAUUAUAGAUCGAAGCUAUUAGAAUAUAUCGUGUCUAAAGCUGAAAACUGUGAUUGUAAAGAGGAAUUCCAUAAAUCCAUCACGGUUUUACAUGCAAUAAGAUGGUUGUAUGGUGCGUGGAUGGAUAUAAGUCAACAAACAAUUGAAAAGUGUUUUCACCGAGCUGGAUUUGUAAGCAGCGGGUUGGUUAAUGAUAUAGAAGAACGUGAAACUAUUUUGACUGACACUACUCGUAAAUUACCUAGCCACUUUACAGCUGAAUUAGCUACUGAAAGAGAAAUAGAUGAAGCUGAUAAAUUCUUGCCUGUGCACGAAGAAUUGCCGGAUGACAUUGAUAGAGCCUUAAAUGAUUAUUUAUUCAACAAAGACAAUAAUGACGAAGAAACAGAGGGUGAAAAGGAAACAGAUGAUGAAGAAGAAAAAGCAGAGAAAAAUAACCUGGGUUUCGACGACGCACUGAAAUGUGUUAAAGAUUUAAUUAAAUUUUGUAACCAAGAAAACUAUUCGAAUGCAGACAGUUUAUUUACUUUGUAUAAUCGGAUUGAAGAGGACUGGAUUAAGAAGGAGCUUACUAAAUUGAAACAAACCAAACUUGACUGUUAUUUGAAUAAAAGUGAUCUUUAA